AUGUUCAUUGAUGGUUUAUCUGGAAAUAAUAUUCAUGUAGAUCCAUCAUUCGAUACAGGUUUCAUUGGUAAUGAUAUUUCUCAUACUAUCACGCCUAUUAGAGAUAGUUCUGUUAUUAUUAAUGAGCAAGGUGAUGUUUGGACUCGUCCAUGCCCACCUACCGAUUGUGAAGGCGAUGUUCACGAACAUGAACGCCCGUACUUCGAGUUUGGGGAUAUAGAAAGAUUCACAAUAUCUGAUUCAUCAUCAAAAAUAUUCAAACAAUUCAAAGAACGAAAACAAAAACCCGAUGAAACAAUUACAUCAUAUUAUGACGCUAUUAUAAAACUAUGUCGUGAAUUUGAUUCAACUAUGUCCCAGAAAAUGAUGAUAUCGUGGUUAGAAAAUGGAAUUAAAGAUUCAUUAAAAGUUCAAAUUCAACGACAGAUGAAAUUAUUAUCAGAAUCAACACGAACAACUCAGGCAUUCUUAAAAAUUGCAAAGGACGAACAAGAAUUACAAGAAGAUUGA